CAGCUGGGCAAGAUGGCAGUGGGCAAGAACAAGCGGCUGACCAAAGGCGGCAAAAAAGGUGCCAAGAAGAAGAUUGUUGACCCCUUUUCCAAAAAAGAUUGGUAUGAUGUUAAGGCACCAGCAAUGUUCAAUAUCCGCAACCUUGGCAAGACUUUGGUAACAAGAACACAAGGAACAAAGAUUGCAUCUGAUGGCCUCAAAGGCCGUGUAUUUGAGGUAAGCCUUGCUGACCUGCAGAAUGAUGAAGUGGCCUUCCGUAAGUUCAAGCUGAUUACUGAAGAUGUUCAGGGCAAGAACUGUCUCACCAACUUCCAUGGCAUGGAUCUAACCCGUGACAAGAUGUGUUCUAUGGUUAAAAAGUGGCAGACCAUGAUUGAAGCUCAUGUUGAUGUAAAGACAACAGAUGGCUACCUGCAUCCGUCUCUUCUGUGUUGGAUUCACUAAAAAAACGUAAUAAUCAGAUCAGAAAGACUUCAUAUAGCCAGCAUCAGCAAGCUGUCCGUCAGAUUUCGCAAGAAAAUGAUGGAAAAUCAUGACUCGGGAAGUCCAAACUAAUGACCUAAAAGAGGUUGUUAACAAGCUAAUUCCAGACAGCAUAGGCAAAGACAUUGAAAAAGCCUGUCAGUCAAUCUACCCGCUCCAUGAUGUUUAUGUCCGUAAGGUCAAGAUGUUGAAGAAGCCAAAAUUUGAGCUGGGCAAACUCAUGGAACUGCACGGAGAGGGUGGCAGUUCUGGCAAGCCAACCGGAGAUGAUACAGGCGCCAAAGUCGAAAGGGCGGAUGGCUAUGAACCCCCUGUGCAGGAAUCUGUUUGA